AUGUAUGGGAUGGAUGUGGCAAAAACCUCCAGAUCUGUAGCAGACUCGUGUGAGAUUUUUGUCAGUUCAACUCUCCCCCUCACUGUGUCUGCGAAUCUUGCGAGACUCAAUACCACAAUUGUCGCCCAUGAACAGCUUGAAACGAAAUUUUCGACACUGAAAGACCAAACAGAAAAUGAGUUUCAGUUCCUGUACAAUGGGAACAAGCUUCUCAAAGCCGAAAACUUGCACCUGAAGUUGCAACAGAAAGAUGCAGAUGAGCAUUUGCAACACAUCAAAGCACAAGUCAGCAUUGAAUAUAUUGAAGCAGGUGAUGGUGCAGAUAUAGAGAAUGACGAGGGUGAGCAAGUAGAUGACAGUGGGCAGCAAUCUACCACAAAUGCGAGGGCAGAGAAGGAUGAUCAACAGUGUGCAAGUGAUGAUGCAAUUCAGAGUGCAUACCUUUUGGUAGUCGUGCGGCAACAAAAGACAAAACAGAACACUAGAACAAAGGAUCUAGUAGGUGAAAGCUUCAGAAUUCUGCUAGGCAUCCAGAAACUCAAUGUGCAGGACUUACCAGGCUACCCAAUGAGUAUUGGAGAAGGGAAAGAUAAAUGGCGCAAAUAUCUUGCCACAAGGAAAGACGAUUUGAUUCUAGUCUGA